AUGAAACCCAUAGAAAAGAUCAACUGGCUGACCGUAGCAGUCCGCAAUCUCGUCUUGCGUUUCACUUCUCGACUUGGGAACUGCUGCCGCUCUAACCGCAAAAAGGAGUCUCUCCUCCCCAUCACCUACAACCAUGAACCUCGUCCCGCGUUCUCAGACCGCCAUCUCGCGCACCUACGCGACUGGCAGAAACCCCCCAUUUCCUCGGGCGGAAUCCUUCCUCUCCGUCUCGGUCAGCCAAAAGCCCAAUAUCCGCCCCACCCUCCCAUGAUAAACCUACAGAUCCCAGCCCUCGCCGUUCCUGAAAAUUCUCACCAGCCCCAACGCCCGUACCACAAGAUCACCUGGCAGCAAUUCCAAGACCGCAAGCGUGAUCGUGACCCCAUGGCUGAUGAGUAUCAUCGCCGUGUCCGUGAGAACUGGCAGCCUAGUAAGCCGCUAAACUACGCGUACUGGAAACAGUACGGCGAGGAAAUGGAAGCGCGCAAGACGGUCUGGGAGAAGGUAAAGGAUAAAUGGUUUAAGCGCUUUCCUAGCAAAGAGCGUGAGAUUGAGUUCUUUUAA